UGAAUACCUAUGUAACAAGAAUUUUUUUUAAGGAAAGUAGUGUGUAAACCUUAUUGUGAUAUACAAAGGUGAGCUAUUAUUUAUUUUUCAUUCUCUUUUCCCAGAACCAUGGGUAGAGAGGAUUAAUGUUGAUUCAGCGGUCAAUAUCCAUAUGACCUUAAAAUAGAUAUUUCUAUAGAAUCUCUAGAUAAUAAAUUUCUGUUCUUUCUUGUCAGAAAAUUAUAGGUCAGUGUGCAUGCUGCAAUGCUAUUAAUAUAUUCCCAUGACUAUUAAUUAAGUGAUGAUACCUAGUGCUUUCUCAUAAUAGGAAUGUCCCCUUGAGAGGACAAGAUACACUCCUUUCGGGAAGCAUCUAGUGAGAUCUGUUUUCAGCCACAUCCUCAAGCAACAGAAUUAGGUUUUUUUUGGUGUGUAAGGGAGAUGCUUUAAGAACAUAGGAGUUUUUUGUUUAUUUGUUUAUUUUUGCCAGUAUUUGCCAUAUUUAAAUAUUUAUAUAUUUUUUAAAACUGAGGGAUUUGGCUAAAGAGAAUAGAUUUACCAGAGACAAUGGAGUCAUGGGCAUGCAUGCUAGAAAUCAUCACUUGUGCCAUUCUCAUUUUUGUCAGCAUUGUGGGAAAUUCUUGCUUAUUUUUUUCUACAAGGAGAUGUAUCAGUGGACCUUUACAACCAUCCUUCCUGCUUAUUUUCAAUCUUGUAUUUGUUCACCUCCUGAAAAACUUGGUUGUGAAUAUCAUGAAAAUUGUUUAUUCCUCUGGUGACAUGUUGGACUCAGUCAGCUGCAAAAUUCUCCGAUUCACAGAGACUCUGACCACUCGGCUUGCUAUUUGGUUCAUGUUACUAUUUGCGGUACUUUACCAUCGUAAGCUGUACUACAUUGUCCAUCCCUCAAGUGAGACUCCAAACUCAAAUCAUCAGAAGGGGCAUUUAAAGGCAGUUUCCAUCAUUUGGAUCACUGGAUUUGGAAUUUGUAUUCCAAUUUUAGCUUUCACUGAAAAAUCCCAACAUCUGAAUGCAGCUAAUGGUACAGGAUUGCUGUGUUUGAAGGGCCUUGACAAAGUUUGUGAGAUUGAUUUUGGAAACCAACAAGUAGAGUAUUACUAUGAGAAAAUAUUUUUAGUCCUUAUUGAUCUUCUUCCUUUGACCAUUUUAGUUUUUGUUUGCUUUUGGAUUGUUUUCCUGCUUUGGGAGCAAAAGAAACUAACAUAUGGUGGCAUUUGGAUGGGAGAUGAUGCUUUAGAGAUUGAAAUCUUUCGAGGAGCUAAAGUCAGUAUUUUGUUGACAUUACUGAUUACCUCUCUGUGGAUUUCCCACUUUGUUAUUAUUUGUUUCUUUAAAAACUUGGAAUCCUGUCAUUUUAUUCCAGCUUUGCUCACAGCUCUGUCUUCAGGUUUUUCUGUUGUUAGUCCAUAUAUUCUUAUGUUAGUUAAUUACAAAGUGAAGUUGGAUGCCUUCUGUUGCAGGAAAAAAGAAAAAUCUACUAUACAACCUACAAAUGCUCUUUCUUGUCCAUAUGCAUAAUGACAAAAUGCACUUUAUUUUUAGUUUUGGUAACACAAGAGCCUUCCUAAUAUAGGGGAAGAACAAAUCUCCCAGAAAUCCUUGUCAGCUGACAGAAAAAUUCCUUCAGGUUAGGAAAACAAAACACCUCAUAACUAAAAUAGGUAUUUCGAGAAAACUAUGAAGGAGAGAAGGUAUGGAUAAUAAUAACUUUGCAGUAAGUCUGGGGAAAGAAUGGGGGAGGAUUUAUUAAGGGCCUACUAUUUGCCAGGAACUAAACUAUGCUCUAAUUGAUUUAAAAUGUGCUAAAUUAAAAAGAUAAUCCUAAUUGUGCAAAAAAAAAAAAUUACGUUUCUUUGUUUGAUUUCUAAGUUACUAACUCAAGAAAUGAUUGUUAUAGAAAAGUUAAAUCAGCCCUACAUAAAAGUAAUCUUCUUAGAAUUAUCGGAGAUUCAGUGAUAAAAAUCACAAUCAUUACACUUAUUGAACAUCUGCUAUAAGUAAGAUACUUUGCAAGAGAAUAAUAAUAGAUUUAAUACUAGAGAUGAUACUCAUUUUCUGUGAGUUGUAACUAUUCUUUUGUGUAUGUGACAGUAAAAAUUUGUUUGUUCUUACCUAUUACUUUUCUUGAAAUGUGUCAACAUAUAUGUAAGAAAUAAAUUAAUAACACAAUUUCUUGGUUUUUUACUGACCAAAAUCAUAUUCCACUUAAAUUUGAAACAGUGUUUAUUCAUCUAAUUUAACUAUUAGCCCUCUUAGUAAUUAACAAUGCUGAAUAAUAAUUGGAAUAAAGAAUUUUAAAUUAGAAUUUGCUAAGUUGUAAUUUAUAAUUUCUAAAAAUGGUUUUUUCCUAUUAAACAUUUGAUUGUCAGAAAUUUUUAAUCUCUUAUCCAUCAAUGCUUUUCUCAUUAUGUAAGGCUAAUUGUUCCUUAAAAACAAUGUAAUGAAUUUUCAAUUUUUUUUCUUAUUUUGGUUAAUUCAUGAAUUUUAAAGAUUCAGCAUUAUUUAGAUUAAAAAUAGUAAUACAUUAUUUUCAUGCCAAGAUUUAUUUCCAGUGAAGUACAUCAUUGACUAUAGUUUCAAUUGAUGAAUAAACAUUUAUUGUUUAUUACUUGUUCCUUUGUCUACUGACAAUAACCAGAACAUGUUCAGCAACAUAUAUAUUGUCUCUCCUUGCAUUCCCCUCCUCUUUUUUCCCCUUUCUUUUCCAUUCUUCCACUCAUCUCUCUUAUCCUAUGAGGAGGUGAACAAGCAGAUUUUCAAAGCUUUUCUAGAAUAAAGAUUUCAAAUUGUUUAUUGGUUACAGAAAAUAUUUGAUUUGCUAGAGUAAAAUUCAGCUUCAAGACAGAUCUCCCUUACAUGUUAAGAUUAUGUAAGAUUCUUUAAUACAUGCAAUCAGAUAAUUUUGUAGAAUGAUAUUCUCAUUAUUGCUAUUAGCAAAGGAAUAAAAUAUGUUAUUCAAAAAAGAUAUGUGUUCAUGUUGUAUUAAAAAAAGUCCAGUUGAAAAGUAAAAUUUCUUAUAAAUGAUGAUGUUCUUCAGAUGCUUCUGUUUGUAGAUAUUUUGCUGAUCGUCUACCUAUGACUUUAUGUGAUUGUGGAUAAGUCACUUAAUAUUAUAGUGCACUAAGCAACUGUCUAAAAUUAUACAUUUCAGAGUCUUAUCUUACAGGAUUUGUACCUCGCAAGUCACAUGGGAAGAGACAAAGAAAUAAGCUAUAUUUAUUGACCAAAUUAUUAUCUGCAAUUAGUAGCACCAUUUUUAUACUUCUUCCACCAAUUCAGAUCAAGAACUGUAGGUUCUGUAUGACUGUAUCCUAUACAUAAUCAUUAUGUAGGAGAGACAGGAAAUGGCUCUAUGCCUUCCUGACUGAAGCAGAUUUCCAGACCUGAGAUAUAUAAAGGAUAUAUUGAAGAAUUGAGAAAAUGGAAGCAGAAAGACCAAUUUUCAAUUUAAUUCAACAAAUGUUUAUUAAGUAACUAUUAUGUGCAAAAUUACUAUGAUAUGACCCAAGAGAGGGAUUCAUAGUUAAGAUAAUACUUGGUCCCUUCUGUAAUAAACUUAUAUGGGUAGCUAAAAUCUGAUCUAGGAUUGAUGGCAGUGGGAAUGGAGAGGAUUAGUAAAUAAAAAAAAUAUAUUCAAAGGGAGAGUUGGUGGCACUUGACAGCUUAUUGAAUGUGGUAGGAAAAGAUAACAUCAAUUUUUUGAGCAUUUGAUAAUUGGGAAAAGGUGGUAUAUAAACUACUAAAUAGCUAAGAAAGGAGAAGCGAUCAGGUUUUUGAUAUGGAAAAAGAAUUUAGUUUUGGAAAUGUUGAAUUUUAGGUGUCAGGACACCCUGAUAGAAAUGACCAAUAGGAAGUUGAACUACAUAUGAAGUUCAGAGGAUAUAUUUUCAGUAAAAAUAGGAGUAUAUUGGCAGGAUUUGUUGUGGAGAUUUUUCCCCUACACAAUUAUUCAUAUUCACCAUUUAGAUUGUUUUAAAUCAUAAAUAUCUUUAUUUUAAUUGAGUAUAUAGCUAAUUCAUAUGAAAUUCUAAGACCUUAUAACUCUUAAUAUCAGCUCUAAAUGUUGGGAUCUGUUAUAUACACUACAGUUCAAUUAAAGGAGGUUUCCAAGUUGAGGUUUCCUCUGUGGGAGAAAAACACUCCAGUUGUUCAAACAUCCAAUCUGGAUCUCAUUAGCAAGUAGGGCCUCUGAAGAUCUCUGCAGCUGUGAGGUGCAAAGAACCAAAGAAUUUUCAAGGUAACCAGUGCCUGAAUUCUGUAGGGCUUUGAAGGUCAAAGACAACACCUUAUAUUGUACAGUGAAUAAAACAGGCAGACUUCAGAACAUCUGAAGUUUCUGGGUGGUCUUCAUGGGAAAUUCUAAGUGAGUCCACAGAGGUAGUUUAGUCUGAAGAGUACCAGGCAUGGAUUGUGAGCAGUGAGUUAAUAUCUGGGAAGGGGGGAAAAAGGGGAGAAGAAAAGAUUUAACAUCUUUUUUAUUUAGGGUAAUGAUAAAAGUUGACUAGGACAUGAUCUGUACUUACAUCAGUGUUUCAUCCUCACAAAUAAUCAGCUGUGCUUGAAUGAAGAAAUCAAUAGGCCUGUGACAUAAUUUUUAGAAUCUUCCCUUACUUGUCACUAUUAUGUUUAUUUUUCUCCAAUCUGAGCCUUAGACCAGUCAAAGAUGUUCCACAAAGCUUUACUAAUGGCCAAAGAAAGCAACCAUAUACAUUAAAUAAUCUUUGUAACAUUUAGUAUAAAACAGGACCAUUCCAGGUGGGCCAAGAAUGUGAAAUGAAAAAGUUAGCCAGUUCCCAGGCUAUUCUGUAUUUCUUUCCAGAAAACAGUGCAAGACACUAUUGGCUGAAGCUCAUGCUUAAUUUUCCCAUUCCUGUAAAUUUAUUGUUUCCUUUUUGUUUCCCCAGACAUUUUUGUUAUAAAAUAGUCUAUGAGUUGGACUUUUAAUUACAUUUUAAGUAUCAUCUAACUCUUUGAACAUAUUGUUUAUUCAUUUAAAAUUGACAAGUUAUACUGUAGAAAGUCUGUUUCCUGAGGAUAUGAAAGCCAAGCAUUCCUUCCACAUUUUGCCUCAGGAUUUCUUUUCAUAUUAUUAUUGGUUCCUUCUCCAUUGCUCUUUCUAUAUUCCAUUAC